AUGGAGAUUUUUGUGAUUGAUUCACUGGGGAAGGGGAUCAGAGACCGCAAAAGGAUAGACACAGCCGUUGCUGAAAAUAUGGCACGGUUUUUUUGCAUCCUGAUGAAUAUACCGGAAGGUAGUAUUGGUCCUUUGACAGUUAAACAAGCAAAUAUCCCAUCCCAACCAAACUUACAUGAUUGUGGAGUAAUAAUGUUGAAAGCAAUGGAAAUCUGGGAUGGAGAUGAAAAAUACAACGGGAAAAGCAUGCCUGAAUAUACAACUGAGGAGCUGCUUGGGAUUAGAAAGAAAUAUGUGUGUGACUGGAUCCUGGACAAUGACAACAUUAGCAGAAUGGAAGCCCUACAUCUAUACGGCAUUGUCUAGGAUUGCUAAGAAAUUAUCAAAUUUUGACAUGUAUAAGAUGUUCAAAUAUGUACCUAAUGUUAUUUGACAAUUUUGACAUGUAUAAGAUGUUCAAAUAUGUACCUAAUGUUA